UCAGUACUUUGCAAUUUUUUUCUGCUUGAAUGGGUUCUUCAUUUGUCACCACAUUUUGAUAGUGAAAUGGGUAUACGAGGUCUUACAACUUUCAUACAAAAUAGGUCAAAUUUGUACAUGGAGAAGUAUGAACUUCACGACACUUCCCUGAUAUUGGAUGGAAAUGCAGUUGCUUGCCAACUUUACAGGUGGCAUACUAUUUCUAAUGACUGUUUUGGAGGAGACUAUGACAAAUAUGCCAAUGUAAUAAGGAACUUCUUUCAUUUACUGUUUGAUUGUAAUGUUACACCCUAUGUUGUUUUUGAUGGUGGUUAUGAGAAAAGGAAGGUAGCGACUGUAAUAAAUCGCAUGAAGAACAAAAUCAAAUCCGCAGACCAACUGAACUGUGUCACUGAAUGCUCAAUAUCAGUAUUUCCCUUAUUAUUGAGAUUAACUUUUUUGGAGACUAUAACAAAAUUGAAUAUUAAAAUUUUAAGAUGUGAUUUCGAAGGAGAUUCUGAAAUUGCAAGCAUUGCUAGGACUUUGAAUUGUCCAGUUUUGAGCUUUGACUCAGAUUUUUACAUCUUGGAUGUUUUGUAUAUACCUUUUAAUACCCUCGAUAUGAGCGUAAAAACGUCAAGGACUAAAAUCAAUUCUGAAGAAUAUUUGUACAUCCCAUGUGAGGUAUACAAAGUUGAAAAUUUUGUGAAGCGCUUCAAUGGUUUGAACAAAACGAUCUUACCCAUACUAGCUGUUCUUCUUGGUAAUGAUUAUGUGAAACGAAGUAUAUUUUCUUCAUUCUAUCAAAACCUGAAGAUGCAGAAAUGUGCGUGUCCGAAAGAAGAACAGAAAAGAAUCAAAUCACUCAUUAUGUGGUUACAAAAUGAAACAAUUGAAAGUGCCAUUGAGAAAGUCCUUAGUAGGUACAAGAAAGAUAAGAGAAAAUUCAUCUUGAGUAAAAUACAGAAUGCUAUUCAGGCUUACAAUAAUUUGAAUAGUAAGUAUCUCUCAUAUUUCGGGUUAGAGCAGCCUGUUAUCAGUGAUGGUCAUGCCACAGUUUCUGAUCUAAGUGUUGCCGAAGAUGAAAGUUCAGUUUGUGAAGAAGAAAGUGAAGAUGUUUCUGCUUCUGAAGGCCAUUCGUCCAGCUGUGAUGAAAUAUUUUUAGAUGAUGAAGAACCUGCCGUAGAUGUUCCCUCAAUAUUUUUCGAAAAGUUCAGGACGUGUCAGUAUCCAGCGAGUUUCAUGAAUAUUCUCUUUCAACAUAAAUAUUAUUGUGAACCUCAGGUGGAAAUGAGUGCCUUACCAAAUUCUCAUGAAGUGAAUUUUGAUAUUUUGAGUGCUAUUCAUAAAAUUUUGACUGAUUCCAAUGACCCUUUGAUAUGUAUCGGGAGAACUGAAAAGGAACGAGUGGGUAGAAAAGGAGUUGCUCCAUGCGACAUUGAUCUUCCCACCUUAUUGGAAAUUCAAAAUUUGAAUACAGACCAAAGAAAACAGAUUUUCUUCAAAAUAUUGAAACUAAAUGACAGUAUUGAUACAUUUUUACAGUCAUUCCCAAGUUCUUGGCACUUGCUCCUUUUAGCAAUUAAAUAUUUGAUGGUCCGUUCUACAAUUAGCUGGCCACUUGUCUACUCUAUAUUACUGUGCAGUGUAAUUUUGAAACAUGUUGAUAAACACAUUGGAUUUCAUAGGAGUGUUAAGGCAUUUAACAAAAGGUUUGGAACAGGGAGUUCAUCAAACCAAUCAUCCAAAGAAUCAUCAAACAGUGAAGUAUCUAUUGCUGAAGCUUUAGGUGAAAUUUCUUACCAAGACUGUAAAUCCUGCAUGAGAACACUAAUUUCUUUUUUUGAAUUAGAUGAUAGGACCACAAUCAGAUCCUUCGACAGAAGUUUGGUUCAUUCGAUAUCCCAAUUUCAAAGCUGCCUUAUGCAUAUAGGACAGUUGAACAGUCUUCUCAACUCGCCAUUUUUAGACUUUGUUGUUUCUGAAUGCCUGAACUGCACAUUUCUUUAUUAUUCUACAAAAAAUUUUAGCAAAAGAAGUGACUUGGAUGAUUAUAUGAAAGUUUUGUUGAAAAAUUCUCCCACUAUUUUGCACAGUUAUGGUUUGAUUAUUAAAAAAGUUAAAGAGGCUGCAUGUGACAACAUACUAUCCAUAGAAUCUAGACAAAAAAGAAGGAGGAGAAAGAAGAAAAAAGAUGUCAGUACCAGGGAGGUAGAGGAACUCUCAUCAGGUCUACUUACAGAUGAAGAUUCACUGUUUGACCCUAAUAAUAAGUUUGCUGUUUUAUCUUUAUCAAAAAAUUAAUGAGACUAAUAUACCUAUGUUGACACACAUAUUUUUGAACCUAGACAAUGUUCAAACUUUUGUAAUUCAAAGAAAUAUUUUUAUAUAAAGUUUAAUAAAAAAAUGUUGGCUUUAGUUGUUGAAAUAUAAAUGAAUAAAUGUAGCAGUACUAUUUUGAUAAGA